AUGUCAACUAAAAAAGAAACGGAGAAGCCAAAGGGUCCUGUUAUGAGCACCUUUAGAGGCAAGACCAUUGCAACUUUAGCAGGAAAACUGAAACACAUGGCCCUAAAUGCUCCACUCCGGUUUAGUGUUCAGGCCCUGAGGCCCCAAUCCAAGAACACUGCUCGGUUCGGCAGUCUCAGCCAUCACUCCUUCUUCUCACGGCACAACCCCCACCCCCACCGAGUGAUUCACAUCCAAGGCCUGAAUGGUGCUCUUGUUUGCAAAGUUAAUGACGAGUGGUCUGAGCAGACUAUGCUUCCACCUCCUCCCGUGAUAAAAAGCCAGUUUCGUACUUCAGUUCCGGGAGACCCUGGAGUCCAGAUGCCCAUUGGGGAUCCACAGCCUUUUCCAGUCCCCAUGCUAACCAUAGGCUCUUUGUCAGAUGCAUGGAGGGAUGAAUUGAGAGAACUCGCUGCAAGACUGAGAGCCGCUUCCUUCACAGAGAAAAGGGAGACAACACAGAAGCUUAAGAGAGAGACUCAGUACUCUGAAGAAACAGGACGUCUCAUUCCACCUUCCUCUCGAGCCACAACUCACCAUUCAUCCCGCCGAGUGCAUCGGAACGAUGCCAAGAAUAAAGACAAAGAUCCUGUCCUGUCUUUCCAGGAUCAAGAACUAAUAAUUUUAGAAUUGUUGUGUCAGAUCCUGCAGACAGACUCCUUGACAGCUAUCCAGCAUUGGCUGCUCACUGCUGGUCAGAAAGAAAAGAAUCUUGUUAUGGGACUGCUGCAGAUUGCAACUGCUAACCUAAAUCUUGAGCCCCAGGAGUUGCCCACAAGCACAGAAGAGAAAUUUCCCUUACAGUUUCCCCAAAAUGCCACAGGCUUUGCUUCUAGACAACACAGAAGAAAUCAUCUAACCAGGCUACCUGUAACAAAGCAAAAAAAAGAACCUAACCCAGAGGAAGAAAUGCCAGUGCGUGUCGGCACAGCAGAAGUUCUCCGGCUCCACUCAUCCCUGGAUGAGAAGCAAAACCAACCAGACCAACCCAAGUAAAGAGAAAUGUCAUUCCAGAUGAAACUACGCUUGUCACGUGUUUCUCUCCUGCUGUUCACCCAGUGAAAAAAUAGCACUGUAGACUACAUGAAAAGCUCUUGCACUGAGACCUAACAUCAC